GAACUGACCGACAGGACCGUGCCUGGCUUCAGAGGGCAGGAAUCCAAGCCCACCCCAGCACAGCAAGGCCCCUACCGAUCCCACCAUGAACUGGGCUGCAGUGAUACCUGGGCUCAUCGUCCUGGUUUUGAAAGUGAUUGGAUCAACGCUGUUCCUCCAGUACUUUUCAGAGAUCUUUCCACCUGAGACCUUCAGUGACCCACCCAACGCCACCACCAGGAGCAGCGGGACAGCUUGCCCCAUUCUGUGGCAAUUUCAUGGGGGGAGAUGCUAUUUCUUUUCCACCCAAGAGAAGGCCUGGAACCAGAGCUGGGAUACUUGCACCCAAGAGGACGCCUCUCUGGCUGUUGGUACAAGCAGAGCAAAACUGGAUUUCCUCAACUCAAACACGAAAUUCGAAUCAUACUUUGUCGGCCUGCGUUACCACCACUCCGAUAGCAAGUGGAGAUGGGUGGAUGGCAUGGAGCUCAGUGCUGACAUAGCUAUAACCCGGCGGCCGGAUUUCGACUGUGCCACAGUGGGAUUUGGCAGAACACUGAGCCCCACACUGUGUGACAAUGCCCACCGCUGGGUCUGCGAGAAGCCCGCCCAGUGA